UUGUGCUCUGCUCCUGCAACAUCUCUCUUCUUUCAGAAUCAUGAAGGUUUCUGUGGCUACUCUCUCCAUCCUCAUGGUCAUGGCCUUCAGCAGUCUGGCAUCUUCUGCACCACUGGGCUCUGACCCUCCCACCUCUUGCUGCUUCUCCUAUGUCAGCCAACAGAUCCACAGAAAAUUUGUGAUAGACUAUUAUGAGACCAGCAGCCUGUGUUCCCAGCCAGCUGUGGUGUUCCAGACCAAAAGAGGCCGUCAAGUAUGUGCCAACCCCAGUGAUGACUGGGUUCAGACCUACAUGGAGGAACUGGAGCUGAACUGAGGGGCUCAGGACCUUAGCCAAUGAACUUUAAAAAGACAGGGACCAAACUAAUCCCACAGUCAUAAGACUUCUCCCCCAUUAUAACUCCUUUUUAUCUAUAAGAUUCAUGUAAAUUUAUGUAAAUAAUGUAAAUUAUUUGGUGGCAGCUCUGGGUAUUGUUUCAUACUAUUUGCACUUCUGGAAGACAUCUGUCCCCUAUGGGGACCUCC